GCUCCUUUCCUUCUCUUUACGCAUUCCGCCCAGAAAACCUCCCUCUCUCCUCCUCCUCUCCCUUCCUGUUCUGGUUUACUCUCCACUCAAUCUACAUUUCCCCUUGUUCCCGCUAGAUUCAGACAAUCGCCAACGGACACAUCAACCGACAUCUCAUCUCCCGAAGAGCCAUGUCCUCGAAUGGCUCUACCUCGCCAGCCAGCCUCGUCAGCACCGACACCACUACCAGCGGAAACAACAUCGGGAAUCGCAGUAGUCGGAACAACACCAGCGACAGCAAUCACCAUACCCUCACCAUCUUUUCAAAGUUGCCUUCAGAUCCCAUUAAAAGCUCGCUGGCCCCUCUUCUGAUCGACAAGGAGGCGGAGGCGGAUCCUCCUUACAUCGAUGUCCUGAUCGCCGGAGGACUCGGAGGAACGACUGCCGACUUUCUCAUGCACAGCGUGGACACGGUCAAGACGCGAUUGCAGGGACAACCAUCCGCCAGCCCGCCUAAAUACCACAACAUGUUCCAUGCCUACGGCACCAUUCUCAGAGAAGAGGGAAUCACCCGAGGAUUGUACAGUGGUGUCGCCCCAGCCAUGACCGGCUCACUGCCAGGGACGACACUUUACUUUGGAACAUACGAAUAUACCAAACGCACUUUGACCGCGGCCGGAUGUCCAGAUACAAUCGCACAUUUAGCAGGAGGAUCACUGGGCGAUUUCAUUGCGUCGUUCAUCUAUGUGCCCUCGGAAGUACUCAAGACGAGAAUGCAAUUGCAAGGACGGUACAACAACCCAUCUUUUAUAAGCGGAUACAACUACAAGAACACAUGGCAUGCGCUCCAGAUGAUCGUUAAAUACGACGGUGUCGGUGCACUGUACCAAGGAUAUAGAGCAACGCUGAUGAGAGACGUUCCUUUCUCUGCACUCCAGUUUGCGUUCUAUGAGAAAUUCAAGGCCGAAGCAAAGAAGUGGGAGGCGCGUCCUGAUGGUCAGAUGUCACUACCGGUCGAAACUGCAUGUGGAGCAAUUGCAGGAGGCCUGGCAGGGUUCUUAACGACUCCCUUGGAUGUCAUGAAGACGCUGUUACAAACACAGGUCAAGAAGCCCUCGGCCUCAAUACCCUCUAAUGUGUCUACAGCGAUGACACAAAAGUAUUACGUCGGGAUCUGGGAUGGACUGAAAUGGAACCUGAAGCAUCAGGGCGUCAUCUCUGGACUUUUCCGCGGUGUGGGACCAAGAGUGUUUUGGACGGCGUUGCAGAGCGCGAUCAUGUUUGUGUUUUAUGAGCAGGCGCUUCAUCUUCAGGAGAAUAUGAGGCAUUUCGGGCAAUGGCCAUAUGGGCCCUACGGAUCGAGUUGAACAUCAUAGACGCACACACGCUUAUACAGCUGGAUUCGUGAAAAAGCAAAAAGGAAGGGUGGAACGUGGGAUUCGCCAUACAAAGCAUUAUAGAUACUGUUAUUUUCUCUCUUUCUCUUUUUUCUCUUUUUUUUUUUUUUU